UCGGUAGAGGUCGUUCGUUGGAAAACAAAGAUGGUCGCUGAGUAAAGCGGGAAUGGUUGUGCCAAAUCCUUAACUUUUCGGUGCCUUUUAGGGGGAAAAUAUUCAAAUGAACGUUCUUCAACAGUAAAUUGAUAUGCAAGGUUUAUUUGGACGAGUUUUCUUCAGAGCUUUUGCGUCGAAUGUUCAGACAGAAAUCAAAACAAAGCAAGAUCCUUUGAAAUUCGUCACUGGGUGUACGGGGUUUUCCAAAUCUUUAUCACCUGCUGGCACUGGGACAGGGCCAAAGAAAUGGUCGUUCGGUGAUGAUGCCUACUUUGUCGCAAGAGAUAAAACGGCCGAUGUUCUAGGAGUGGCAGAUGGUGUUGGAGGCUGGCGGAAUUAUGGGAUAGAUCCAUCAGCCUUUUCUACAUCAUUGAUGAGAGUUUGUGAACGUCUUGUUGAAAACGGUCAUUUCAAACCACAAUCACCUGCCAACUUAAUACAGGACAGUUAUGAAGAAAUAUUAGCACACAAAUAUCCUCUGAUAGGUGGAAGCACAGCAUGUGUAGUGGCAUUACACAAAGCAGAACGGACCAUUUAUACUGCUAACCUAGGAGACAGUGGGUUUAUGCUGAUACGUAAUGGGGAGGUAGUACAUCGGUCUGAGGAACAACAACAUUACUUCAACACACCAUUCCAGCUAACAGUAGCUCCACCGGAACAGGAAGGUCUCGUACUCAGUGAUAGGAUUGACAUGGCAGCUAAAUCAUCAUAUAAAGUGGAAGAGGGAGAUGUCUUACUCAUGGGAACAGAUGGUUUGUUUGACAACAUGCACGAAGAUAUGAUCUUAGAUUACAUUUCCAAAUAUAAGGAUCAUAAAGAUGCAUCAAAAGUAUCUGCCAAUCACAUAGCACAGAAAGCACACGAUCUUUCUCUAGAUCCUGACUAUAUGUCACCAUUCUCUAUGUCAGCUUUAAAUGCAGGAAUACCUAUUACUGGGGGUAAGCCAGAUGAUAUAACAGUUUUAGUUGCUACAGUAUCAUGUGAUUUAGGUACCUAGCAACAGUGCCAUCUAGUUUUUCAAAGGGACACAACUCAUCUAGACCACUUUUUGUUUGUAAUGUCAAAUAGGCAGUUGUUGUGUUAUGCUGUAAGCAAGUGAUAGGUUAACAGAACGAGGAAAAUUGCAUAUGCAGAAAAGGUUUAUGCAACGUGUAUUUGGCCAAGAGGUGGAAAAUAAAUGUGUAUAGCCGAGUGGUGGAGUAAGAAUAUGAUUGAAAAAAUAGAAGUCUCCAUUCUUUUCAGUAUGCAUUUGCAUUGAAAGAAUUUUACGAGAAUGGCUGAAGACAGUUUAAGUGCCAACAACAACAACUAAAAAAGAAAUGUCAACAACAAUAAAAAAAAACGUUCAAUCAAGUGAUAAUUAUUUAAGUUAAGAUAUUGCAUGUUGAUUGUUCAGUGUCAUGUGUUACUCAAGGUAAAAUGAAAUACAACUUUAAUGCAAAUUAUGUCUCUGUAAUAAGAGUGAGUGCACCGCACUUUUCAAAGGACAUUUUCAUUGUUCAAAGAGUCGUUUUACCAGUAGUAGGAACAGUUUUGUUAAAUGAAAAUGUACCUUAAAUAGUUGUCUGAAGUUGGCUUCACUUGUAUCUGAAUUUGUUUUUUUUUAAUAACUUUCAUCUUCCAUCAGUAGAAUACAUUUUGUACAUACAAACAUAAAUUGCCAAAUGGGAUUACGAGUACAUUCCCUUAAUGUAAACAAAAGGGGAGUAAAUAGGACAAAAUAGUGAAGAUCAUGAAAUAUGUAUUAACUUUUAAUCUGCUGGCGGCAAGUUAUUCUGCCUUUGCGACCAGUGCAGGUCAUGAUCAGCCUGCACAUCCAUGCAGUCUGAUCAUGAUCUGCACUGUUUGCCAUUCAGUCGGUAUCCUUUUGGUAAUCACCCCUUUUAACAGUUAAUGAUACUGUUGAAAUUGAAGAUGGACAAGUUCAUUAUAGAAAUUUAGCAGGGUAAGGGUAAAGAAGCAAGAAAUAUUAUUACCUAAAGUAUGGGAUUUUGCUGUUAUACCACAUCCAGUAUCAGUAGGCACUUCACUGUGAAACAUGUUCAUAGUUCUUCAGGCAGGUAAGUUUUCAUCUGAAAUCUAAUUGACUUUAAAUGCAAACUGGAAUUAAAUUAUAGCCUUUGCACUAUGGAUGUUUUUAAAUAUGACUGGGUUACAGGGAUAUGUUUAUUCAAAGAAUAUUUAGGUUUAUAUGUACUGAAAACAGUGUAAACAUUGGAUAGAUUGUAAUAUACUCUAGAAAUUUCAUCCUCCAAAUCUGUUUAGUGUGGAGAAGUUGGCAGGUACUAAUGAACAGGUCAGUGCUGGUAAAGAAAGCUGGAAUACUGGCUGCCUAUUAUUAUUACCGUAAUACUGUUGAAAAAUGACACAGAAUUCAGGAACACCAUGCUGUUGAAAAACGGCACUAAAACCAACAGGAAUAAAACACUAGUAAUAAAGCCAAGUAAUGUAGAUAUUGAAGGAAUGUAUAUAUAAAUAAGAAGCGGUACCAUAUAGCUUGUAGUUAUUUGUAUACAGAUACGGAAAAAUAUGUAAAUAUAGUACAUCUGUUUGCUGUAGUGUUUCACUUGCAUGAAGCAAUCACCUUUCACUGAAUGUUUGUGUUCAUUAUUUUACUUAUCUGUGAUAUCAGAAUAAAUGAAACUGGUUUUGUACAUUUUAAGUGUGAGAGCAUUUGUAAUAGGUUUUGUACUUAUUUUAUAUGUGCUUGACUUGCUGAAUUAAGAUCUGUAUAGUAUAGAUUCUGGCAAAAAGCCAGCAUGGACAAAUACACAAGUUGCAAUGCAUUUUAUGGGAAACAUAAAUGCUUUAUACAAAGAUAUACAGAUGAAUGGCAUUUAUCACCAGUCCUUGAUUUUGGGAAGUCGUCAUUUUCUUGUGGCUAAACAAUUUUAAUACUGGUUAAAAAUACUGGUAUGUUUUACUAAAGAUUAUCAAGUAACUAACACACAAGUCUUGAGAAAGUUUUUUGGAAAUAUGAGUUUUAUCAGUUAGGAACAGCAAUAAAAGUAUUUAGAUUUAUAGAGGAACAAAAAGUAUAAAUUUCAUUUUGGGUAACUUCUUUUCCUUUCAUUUUCUGAUGUUUGUUUUUUUUUUUUUUUUGAGUAUGCAAGUUUAUAUUGAUAAACGACAGUAAAAUCCAUCACUCUUUUUAGCUCACCUGAGCACAAAGUGCUCGGGGUGAGAUAUUGUGAUCGCUCACCGUCCGGCGUCCGUCCGUCGUCCGUCCGUCCGUCGUCCGUCCGUCCGUCCACACUUUCCUUUAAACAACAUCUCCUCCUAAACCACCAGGCCAAUUUUGAUGAAACUUCACAGGGAUGUUCCAUGGAUGGUCCUCUUUAAAAAUUGCUCAAAGAAUUGAAUUCCAUGCAGAACUCUGGUUGCCAUGGCAACCGAAAGGAAAAACUUUAAAAAUCUUCUUCUCAAAAACCAGAAGCCCUAGAGCUUAGAUAUUUGGUGUGAAGCAUUGCCUAGUGGAUCUCUACCAAGUUUGUUCAAAUCAUGACCCCGGGGUCAAAAUUGACCCCGCCCCAGGGGUCACUUGAUUUUACAUAGAAAAAUCUUAAAAAAUCUUCUUCUCAAAAACCAGAAGCCCUAGACCUUAGAUAUUUGACAUGUAGCAUUGCCUAGUGGACCUCUACUAAAGUUGUUCAAAGCACGACCCCGGGGUCAAAAUUGACCCCGCCCCAGGGGUCACUUGAUUUUACAUAUGAAAAUCUUCAAAAAAUUCCUAAAGAAUAAACCAGAAGGCCUAGAGCUUAGAUAUUUCACGUGUAGCAUUGCCUAGUGGACCUCUACAAAAUUUGUUCAAAUCAUGACCCCCGGGGUCAAAAUUGACCCCGCCCCAGGGAUCACUUGAUUUUACAUAGGAAAAUCUUAAAAAAUCUUCUUCUCAAAAAGCAGAAGGCCUAGAGCUUAGAUAUUUGACAUGUAGCAUUGCCUAGUGGACCUCUACUAAAAUUAUUCAAAUCAUGACCCCGGGGUCAAAAUUGACCCCGCCCUAGGUGUCACUGGAUUUUACAUAUGAAAAUCUUCAAAAAUUUUCUUAAAAUAAACCAGAAGGCCUAGAGCUUAGAUAUUUCACAUGUAGCAUUGCCUAGUGGACCUCUACAACAUUUGUUCAAAUCAUGACCCCCAGGGUCAAAAUUGACCCCGCCCCAGGGGUCACUUGAUUUUACAUAGGAAAAUCUUCAAAAAAUUUCUAAAAAUAAACCAGAAGGCCUAGAUCUUAAAUAUUGACAUGUAGCAUUGCCUAAUAGACUUCUACAAAAUUUCUUCAAAUCAUGACCCCCAGGGUCAAAUUGGCCCCGCCCCAUGGGGUUACUUAAUUGUACAUAGAAAAAUCUUCAAAAUUUUCUAAAAAUAAACCAGAAGGCCUAGAGCUUAGAUAUUUGAAAUGUAGCAUUGCCUAGUGGACCUCUACAAAAUUUGUUCAAAUCUUGACCCCCCGGGGUCAAAUUGACCCAGCCCCAGGGGUUACUUGAUUGUACAUAGGGAAAUCUUCAUAAAUUUGCUUAAAAUAAACCAGAAGGCCUAGAUCUUAGAUAUUCGAUAUGUAACAUUGCCUAAUAGACUUCUACAAACUUUGUUCAAAUCAUGACCCCCGGGGUAAAAUUGGCCCCGCCCCAGGGGUUACUUGAUUGUACAUCGGAAAAUUUUCCAAAAAAUUUCUAAAAAUCAUCAGUUUGACAUUUGAAACAUGUAGCUCAUAUUACUCUGGUGAGCGAUCCAGGGUCAUCAUGACCCUCUUGUUGUGUUUGUGUCCACCCAUUUUCAUACGAUACCAUUAAACAUUUUGUAAAAGCACUACACUCUAUGGAGAUGUAUUAUUGAUUUUAAACUUUUGUUGUACACUUGAUAAUAGAUAUUAUGCAUAUAUUAUAACCACUUCCAUAAACGGAAUAGAAAUUUGGUGCAUUCAAGUAUUGUGAUUAAUACAGUUUAUGUAAAUGUGUUAUUUUAUACAGUUGACUUCAGAAAUAAUUAUUGAUGAUUGUAAACUACUGGUGUAUUAUCUUCGUAUCAGACAGACUGGCAGUUUAUGGUAUUAUUGGGCAAAGUUAAUUUGCAGGGCUUUCAGUGUCAAAAAUAUUUCUCCAGUUUCUUUUUGAAAGGAUAUGACCUAUUUCUUUAGUUCACCUCUGACAGAAAAAUUAACCUAAUAAUAAUAAUGAUAAAAUGUGCAUAGAAAAGUCAUCUUUAUGUUCUCCACUGAAAUGAUAUGAACAUUUGUAUGUUUUCCUCAAGUUUUGGAUUAAUUACACUUUAAUUUGUCAUGUUUUGUCCUUGUAUUUGAAUUUAUUAUUUUGUGUUGUCAAGUCAUUGUGGUUGCUCACACAUUGAAGCAUUUUUUUUUAAAUAUUUAUUGAAUUGUUUGAGGCUGGCCUUCACAAAUUUUGUUAAUACUAGUAAAUGUGUUUUAAAUGUGUAACAAAAAAAGUAAGAAAAUUACUGCGUUUUUUUCCCAACAAAUAGUUCUCAAAAAGCCCUACCACAUAACACACACCACUUGCAAUAUUUACACCAAUACUUUAUUCAAAGUUGCCAGUUCAGCUUUUGGCUUAUGAUCAGUAGCACCAUUCACCAAGGAACAGGUCAACAGGUCAAUAGUACUAAGUAGAUAGGGCAUUCACACCAAAGCAUGCUAAAGAGGACUUUUUCUCAUUUGGUCUAAAAUGACGUUAAAAGUAUCUAGUUUACUGUAAUUUUGCUGUUUUAUUUAUUGAGUUUAAAUGCUCUUUUCUUUUAGUUAGAGAAACUUCAUUAUAAUGAACUCAUUCUGAAGAUUGGAUAUUAUUUGCUUUGCUUUCAUUUCACAAUAUCUUUUUUUUUUUUCAUUUUUAAUCAGAACUUCCAUCAUAUAGCUGUAGAAGAUUUACAUUUGACAUGUAAAUGUUAUGACAUAAGAAAAUGAAACAAUUGUAGACUUGUUUAGAUGAAAGUAAUGUGAAAUUUAUCCAUUCUGCAGCAUGUGAAAAUAUGAAAUAAUUUGUAAAGUAUUUUAAAGUUCUUUGAUCCUGUUCAGUUUUGCAUUCGCAUUAUGUAAAUGCAAAUUCCAUUAUUUGUAUUUGUUUGAAGAUGUUCCCAGUUAUGUUAAAAUGUAAAUCAAUUGAUUUUAAUGCAACCAGAAUUUCCUUUUCCGUUGACAUGUUUAUAGAUGUCAGUAUUUAUUACACAUCUUAGAUAUCAGUCAGUAGUGUUUACACACUUAAAUUUAAAAUAUGCGAUUGUCUUUAUAACUGAAACAGAUAUGCUGUAAAGUGACUAUAGGGUAAGUUUUUUCACGACAAAAUUCAGCACGGCUAAACAUCUGGUACCCAUGUACAUGUAGUCUGUGUGAAUAAGGUUUUAACUAAACAACAAUAUAUCAAUGAAGAGAUAGCUCAGAUACCCAGUGAAAAGUAAUUUACAUCCUUAGAGUUAAAACACGAUCCCCUACUCAGAAAUCAACACAGUCCCCAACACAUUAACAAUUAAUCUAAAUUUUAUAUCUAAACAAAUAGUUACAUAAACAAUAUUAAAGUCACUGAAGAAUUUCAGAUACCUUAUGGAUGGCAAUCUAUAUCAUUCAAGUUAAAACACAAUUCUCUACUAAGAAUUUGGUUCUGCUCACAUAAACACUAACGAUUGACCCAAAUUUUAUCUAAACAAAUAUAGUUGCAUUAAAGUUGAUUGAUAUGCUUUUUGUUAAUGAUAGAUAUGAAUUUUGAAAUGGAUUGUUAUAAACAUUGUUCUCUUUACAGUGGUAAAGGUUGAACUCUGUAUCCUCAAAAUAAAGAACUAAACCUUU